GCUGGCACACGCUGGACUCGGGAGAGGAGGCGCCGCAGCCGCCCCUCAAGGGGCACGCGCGGACGAGACGUCGCCACGACGACGAUGACGCGCAGCCCGUCUUUGUGAUGACGUCAUCAUUCUCAAACGGACAGACGCCGAAUGCCGCCGUGACGGAACAGUCAGACGACGACGACGCCUGCCGUGAUGUCAUAUCGGGUUUAGUUGCAAGCUCCAUUCGACAUGUGAACACGCCCCGCCUCCAAGACGCACCCAUUUCUAGUGACGUGUCUGCCAUCAAAGACACGUCCCUCUCCGGUGACACGUCCCUCAUCAAAGACGCACCCCCUACUCGGGACACGCCCAAUUCAAGUGAUAAAUCCCGCAUCCAGGACACGCCUGUUUCUAGUGACGCGCCUGACAUCAAAGACACACGCCUUGUCCGUGACGAGUCCCUUUCCAGUGAGAACUUGGACUGCAGUGAAACACCCCACGUCCAAGACACGCCCAUUCUUGGUGUCACGUCCAACAUCAAAGACACGUCCCUCUCCUGUGAUGUGCCUGACAUCAAAGACACGCCCCUUGUUCAUGACGAGUCCCUUUCCAGUGAAAACUUGGACUCCAGCGAGACGCCCCGCAUCCGAGAUACGGCCAUUUCCAGUGUCACGUCCGACCUCAAAGACGCGUUCGACUCCCGUGACAUGUCCCUCAUCAAAAACACACGCCGCACUGGGGACACGCCCAACUCCGGUGACAUCCACCAAGACACUCCCGUUUCCGGUGACGCGUCCGACAUGAAAGGCAACUCGAGCCAAGUGUGAAGGAACGUCUGCUCGCAAUCUCAACAUUUGGCAGGGCGUGCGUGCAUGCGUGCGCACGGGUGUGUUCAGCCGGCGGGUGGGAAAGACGCACGCGUGUGAUGCUCCCAAACAGGAAGUUGUGAAAUUGGCCGCCUGUCUUCCGAUUGGUCCAUCAAGUUUGUUGACGUUUGAAGGGGGGCGGGCACGCUCCCAACUUAGCACUUUGCUGACUUUGUAGCUUUCGCCAAGAGGACAGAAAGGGAUCCACAUGACUACCCCCACCCCCAUUUUCUUUUUUUUUUGUCUUUCUUUUUGUUUUUCCUUUCUUCUUCUACUUCCUCGUUAACGUCCCGGUGCCUUAUUUGAUUGACACCUCAACAAUAAUCUCUCAACUUUCAACAAACGUGAAAGCAGUGGUGGUAAAUCGGCUCAGUCCUGGCGUAAAAGUGCAGAUAUUGGUGUUAAAAAAAAAAAAAAAAAAAGGACUGCAUGUUAGAAGUCCUGCUAACCGACUGAAAUGUACUUAAGUACAAAAAUGAAACAGAAUUUUUGCCGUCAAUGACAUCAACUGUUUUAAAUAGUUUCCCUCUUUUAACUUUUUAGAUCAACGCUCGGACUGGAAAUAAAAACCACCUUGCACUUC